AUGGAGCAUAUCGCUAAUAAAUCUCAAUUCGAAACAAUCAUUAAACUUAUUAGAGGAACAUACUAUUGGUUAGUUUAGGAAAAAUUUCUAAAAUUAUUCAAAUCGGUUUUUCAGGGGAGAAUGGAGCAUGGAGAAUGAUCAAUUCCAUUUGGUAAAGAUGUCGUCUGAACAAUUGGAUUGUCAAGGAUCCAAACUUAUUGUCUUAAUGGAAGAAUCAUUGAAAAAUCUCAUUGGAGUUAUUAAAGUAAGUAUUAAGAGUUAUUUAUUCUAGAAAAGAACUCAUUAUAUUUCAGAUUGAUCCAAAUAUUUGUUAUGAAGACAAUUCAAAAUUUGUCGAUAAAUGCAUGCAAGUGUGCGAUCAUUAUGAAUUGAUUAUUGAAAUGCACCAAGAUACUGGAUCAACAUUAUUCAAUUCUGAUGAAACGGUUCGAAAUCCGGUACGUUUAUACUUUCAUCAAAAUGUUUAAUAGUGCAUUUUUUGAAAAAUCAAACCGUCAUUAGAAUUGAAUAAAAAAAUUAUAAUAUUGCAACAAAUUUCCAACUUUCUAAUUUUCCAGUUCUCACUUUUCCAAUACAGGUCGGAUGUUUAAAAAAAACAUUUGAGACUAAAAAUUCAAGAUUUUCAAUGAAAUUGACAUUUUAAAAUUUGGAACAUUUGAAAAUUUGGAAUAAAACUACAAUUAUGAAAAAGAGCAAUGUUCCGUUUCCCAUCCGCCAACAAAAUCAUUCAUUUUCCAGACAUUGUUAUCUGCAAUCGAAAGACGUGAAACCGUCCAGCCAAUUGAACAACAAAUUGGACAAAUUGACAAAGAAGAAUUUUAUGCAUCACUUGUUGAUCGAACUAUGAGUGUUGAACAAAAAUUGGAGCAGAAAUUGAAUCAAAACUCGGAAAUGGAUAGAUUGAAAAAAUUAUUCAACCAAAAAGCAACAAUAGCGGAAAAAGUGAGUUUACUUUCGAAUAACUAUGGCCAUUUUUUGAAUUGGUCUGAAGAAAUUGGGCCAGGUUUAAUUAAGUGAAUCCGAUUUAGAAGGAUUUUUGAAACGAACCAUGGUGAAAUAUUUUCAAUACAUUUUUUUUGCACCUGGCCCGAUUCAAAAUUUAUUUUGCCAAUUAAAAAACAAACAUUUUCAGAUGGAUAUUGUUCGGAUGUUGAAGAAAGCGGAUUGGACUCUAGAGGACAUGGUUUAUGUCGACCUCAAACCUCGAUUGGGAAAUAAUAUUUUCGACGUGAGUGUACAAUAUUUCGAAAAAUAUUCUCAAUUAUUAUGUUUUUCAGAAAUUGUGGUAUGUGUGGCGGUUUGAGUCGGAUGAAACAUUUCGCAGAAAACUCAUCGAUUUGUCGACAGAUUAUAUUAUUUCAGUUGAUUUGCUGAAAAUAAUUGCGCCCAUGUACAAUGAGCAAUUGUACGAUGACGUCAAUUUUUGGUUGGACAAGUUGAGUUCGGAGACUAAUUCGUCUAAAAUUGUUGAUGUGAGUUUAAAAAUUACCCUUUUAUAAUUUUGAUCAAAACUAGUUUUUUUUUAAGGAAAUUCGGGCUUUACGAAGAGAGAAAAGAGAGGAGAAGCAGAAAAAUGAGAAAAAGCCGAAAAAGGAGAAAAGAAAGUGAGUGAAAUCACUUCCACUAUUCAAUCGUCUUUGGGCCAUGAUCAAUUUAUUUGCUCUUUAAUAUUAUUUUUCGUGUUUUUAAUAAAACUUGGUCGCUUUUCAAAAAAGAUUUAAAAAUUAAUUAUAUAUUUUGCAAUAAAAAAAACUUACACUUUUCCAUUACAAAAAAAACAAAGAAUUCGAUGUUCAAACAUAGUUAACUCGAAAUCGAUCGAAUUCCGCAUCACAGUCCUCAAGAACUUGAAAUUUUCAUAUUUUUCUUCAAAAUCUCCAUCGUCUCCUUCAUAAGUGUCCAUUUUAAUCUAUCUGCAACAGAAAAUAAACUUAGAAAAAGCUAUUUCUCGAAAAAAAAACAGAAAAAAACACUUCUCGAAAGAAAAAUAAAAAAUAAAUUCUUGUUCGAGAGAAAUACAAAUGUGUGGUUUCCUAGGCCACGACCACGUUUGUGUGAAGUGACACCAUGGCUUAUUACGAUCCUGUCGUUUUGCGGCUAUUUGCGGCCCUCAAGCCAGCUUUUAUCAGUUUUCCCUGCAAAAGUCAAAAUUUUUCAUGAAAUAGCAAAUGCUCCCCACUGAAAUAUCGGUUUUUCAAUGAGGUAGGAAAAUAUUGAUUUUUUGACUGAAAAAUCAAUAAUUUUUGCAGCUGUCCACAAUUCUUCACAAAUGUUAGAUUUCAUCAAUAAUAACGAGAAUCCGGCCAAAAAAAUCGAGAAAAUCUGAAACUUUGAUGGAUUUGGCUGCUGUAAAUGAUGAAAAACCCGAAAUUCCGACUGAAAAAUCAAAAAUAUGGAAGUUCGGUGAAAUCUGCACAAGAAGCUGAAAAUCAGAAGCCUGAAGUUCCACCUGAAAGAUCUUCUACAAGAAUUUCGAUAAAAUUAUCUGAAAAACAUGGUCAGAAAGCUGAAAAAUCGAAAAAUUCAUCAAAAUCUGCUUCAGAAGCUGAAAUUCAAGCUGAAAAAGCUGGAAAUCGUCGAAAAUAUGCUCCAGAAGCUGAGAAUGAUGAAAAAAAGCCUGAAAUUGUGACCAAAAAGGAUGGAAGAUCAAGAUCCACAUCUAUAAAAGCUCAAAAAUCUGUUGAGAAUCGUCGAAAUUCAUCUGGAAAUUUGAAAAUUUCACGAAAACCUGCUCCAGAAGCUGAAAAAGCUCGAAAACCUGUUGGAAGACCAAGAUCGAAAACUGUUAGAGCUCAAAAAUGUGCUGAAAAUGAGGCGAAGUCUGAAAUUGCUGAAGAUAGUCAAAUAUCAUCUGGAAAAGCUGAAAAUUCAUCAAAUUCUGCUCCAGCACCUGAAAUUCAACCUAGAAAUGCUGAAAAUCCUCGCACAUCUGCUCCGGGAGCUGAAAUUGUGGUCAAAAAGGUUGGAAGAGCAAGAUCGAACUCUGUUAGAGCUCCAGAAUCUGCUCCAGAGCCUGAAAUUGCUCCAGAAGCUAGAAAUUGUGAAGUCAAACUCGAAAUAUCUGAAAAUCCACAAAAAUUGACUGAAAAUGUUGUAGAAGUGAAACUGGAAAUUGAGGAAAAUGAAGAAGCUGAAUAUGCGGGAAUUUUGAAAAAAGUGAGUUUUUUGAGCUGAAAAUUCGUGAUUUUCAGAUUUUUUGGGUCUAGAAAAUGUAAAAUUAUCUGAAAAUUCGAAAAUUUUAGAUUUUCAGCUCAAAAUUCAAAAUUUUUAUUUAAAAAUUUAAAAAUUUCCAAAUUUUUAUUACUUAUUUUUACCCGAAAAACUUGUUGGCUCAAAUUUCAUUCAUUUUUUCUGAAAAAUCAGACUUUUUUUGAGAAAAAAGUCGGAUUUUUCCUGAAUUUUCAGACGGAAAUUUGUACGGAAUUCUUAUCUGAAAAUUUCCAAAUUUAUUGAUUAUAGUGAAAUUUUGAAAUGGAACAAUUCAUCAAAAAAAUCCGAAUUUCCAAAUUUUUACACAAAAAAUCAUAAAAAAUGUUCCAUCUGCUGACUAUUGACUUCAAAAAAUUCCACCAAAAAUCUUCAAUUUUUUCUAGUUCCUCUACGACGAGAAUAAUCCAUUCGUAAUCUGCUCUCGCAAUUUUGUCCCAUUAUAUCGUGGUCAACCAUUGUACAAAUGCUCAUUCUGCAGAGCAUCGUAUUCCGAAGGUUUGGAAAGCGAAUUGUGCGUGCGAUGUUUGUCAGAUAUCCAAAAUUGGCAAAAAUGUAUUGGGAUUGAGAAUUUCAACAUUAAACAAUUAAAUUCCUUUCAAUUCAAAUGUGUGAUGAUAAUUAAUUAA